AUGACCUGGCAUAAGAAGAUCCCAUUCAAGUGGUCAUUUUGCCUAUGGAGAGUCAUCAAAAAUAAGCUUCCUACUGAUGAUGGGGUGUUAUCCUUCUGCAGCCCUACUGUGACCAGGUGUGUGUGCUGCUCUUUUCACACCAAUGAAACUAUUGACCAUCUCUUCAGUAGGGGAAACUUUGCCAGAAUAGUGUGGAAUAAGUUUGAAGGUCCAGUUGGAAUUCAGACUGAAGAAUUUCCCCUCAGACUCCUUCUGAUGAGGUGGUGGCUCUUACACAACAACAAUGAAGUCCAAAAACUCAUUCUACACUACCUACCUAUCAUAGUUUGUUGGAACCUAUGGAAGAACAGGUAUAUUGCCAAGUAUGGAGCAAAAUCCACCUCUUUAACAAGAGUUUUGUUCUCUAUUAAUUCUGACAUCAACAUGUUGCUGAGAGCCAAUUUUCUAGAAGUCAAGUGGCCUCUCAAUUGGCAGGAACUCUACCCCUUCAUUGAGAACCUAAAACACCAAACCUUCUCUGCUCAAGUAGUAUGGAGUAAACCAAGCCAUGGCUAUGUGAAGGUCAACAAUGAUGGGAGUGCACUCACAAAUCGAGGCAGGAUUGGUGUAGGAGUGAUCAUCAGAGAUCACUACUCUGAGUUCAUUCAUGCAUCUGCAGCUCCUUUAGGGGAAGGGACCAACAACUUUGUAAAAACUGAAGCAGCUCUUAUAGGAAUCCAAUGGUGCCUGAAUAAUGGAUUCACUAAGGUCCAUUUGGAAUCAAACUCUGCACUCUUAAUUCAGUGGCUAACCAGUGGUAGAAACUUCCCAUGGUCUCUUAAGAUGAAGUUACAUCAGCUCCUUGAUCUCUGCAACCUCUGUGAGAGUUUCAAAUGCUCACAUACCUACAGGGAAGCCAAAUGUCCUGCAGACUCCUUGUCAAAACUCAAUCAUGAUCUCACCACUAUAACUGAGUAUCACAAUGCCUCUGCACUACCUACCCACAUCAGAGGAUUAAUUCUGCAAGAUUACCUGAGUACUCCUGCUUUCAGACACAAGAGAACCAGAAGGAUUCUGGUUCCUCCACACCAUGCAAGAUCCUCUACUUCAUCUCAUGGUUAUGGUUGA